AUGUCUUCUACAGAUCCCUCAGAUCACUCCUCCGGCCUCCCUGGCGCCCCCCAGAAUGACACUGCCGCCGCCCAGGUGACGAGCGCCGAGACCGCGGGGUCCAAGGCUGAAACGGAGCUGCUCAAGCUUGACAACCAUGUUGAAGACAAACAGCCCGUGCUGUCAGCAAAAGCAGCAGGCAAACAACAAGCGACCGACGAUCUGAUCGAUUUUGGCGAAGACGCCCCGGUCACAACGACCACCACGAAAGAUGACCCAAGCGUGGGCGAUAAACCUCACAAGGACUCGCCCAAGACCGUGUCCAAACCUGCUCCCGUGACAAUUCCGGAACCGAUGACUUCGUCGAUAGCGACCUUGAAGCCCACGAGUCCUCUCCCUGCCGAGACUGCCACACAGUUUCUUACUAUCGAGUCCACUACAUAUGUCGAUCCAACACCUCCAACCCCGAGAACAUCCCAGCCUCCCUCUCGAACCCCCUCAAAUGCCAAACGCCGACCUACCUCUGCAUCCCCUACACGAUCUGAUGCCGGCUACGACGAGCGCAGAUAUGCAAGCGAAGAUGAGCAAGAGAAUGGGUCGCGAUCCGAAAUCCAGAGUAUCAUGGAGCAGUUUACUGGCGACGGUGGGGGUCCUGGAGCUGAAGAAGUCAUGAGCCCGAGGCUGGAGAUUGCUUCGCCUAUGCUAGGUAGCCCUGGCAUACAGCAUCCACCUCGGAAGUCUAGCCUCGAGCCACUGGUACCCUCACUGUCACACCAGGUACAGGAGCUUCAGGGUCUAAGAAUACAAUCAGCCUCCCCAGCUAGCAUGUUCUCCAAAGAAAGAGCACCUGAUGACCAAGGGCCGCCAGUGCCUCCUAAAGACGGGCCACCGGCGACACCAGCGCGGUCCCACGAUGAUCGGCAGAUGAGCAUCGACUCCCAGAUGUCUCCUGGUAUGCCCGUACAUAGGCCGCCACCUCCUGAACCCGAGCCAGAGCCGGCGCUGCCAUUCGACUUCCAUCGGUUCCUAGAACAACUACGAAACAAGAAGGCGGACCCAGUCGCUAGGUACCUCAAGUCCUUUUUAUCAGAGUUUGGAAAGCGACAGUGGAUGGUACACGAGCAAGUCAAAAUCAUCAGUGACUUCCUCGCCUUCAUUGCCAACAAGAUGGCGCAAUGUGAAGUGUGGCGAGACGUUUCCGACGCAGAGUUUGACAAUGCUCGUGAAGGAAUGGAGAAGCUGGUCAUGAAUAGGCUCUACACACAGACAUUCUCACCGGCGAUUCCUCCUCCACAGCCUAUACCUGGAGCGAAGCCGAAAAGACGAGGCGGGGAGCGACCGAUGGGGCCUGGCCGGCGUGGUCAACACCAAGAGGACGUGGAACGAGAUGAUAUCUUGACACAAAAGAUCAACAUUUAUGCCUGGCUUCGGGAGGAGCACCUUGACAUACCGCCAGCCGGUGAUAGCGAAAUCCUUAAGAUCAAGUCAUAUCGAGCGCCGCGAGACAAGAUCAUUUGCGUAUUGAACUGUUGCAAAGUUAUCUUCGGCCUGCUCAAGCACUCGAAGUCGGACUCUUCAGCCGACUCGUUUAUGCCCCUCCUCAUCUAUGUUGUCCUCCAAGCCAACCCCGAACAUCUGGUGUCAAAUGUUCAGUACAUUUUGCGGUUCCGAAACCAGGAGAAGCUGGGUGGUGAAGCCGGAUACUAUCUUUCAUCACUGAUGGGUGCCAUUCAGUUUAUCGAGAAUAUGGAUCGGACAACCUUAACCAUCACCGACGAAGAGUUCGAGAAGAACGUCGAAGCAGCGGUAUCUGCGAUCGCUGAAAAACACCGUCUUGACUCGCCCGCUGUUGUUCAAGAACCCGUCUUCUCGGAGAAGUCAUCAACCGGGUACCAGACCGGGGAAUCUUCGACGAGGCCUUCCCUAGACAUCAUGGGAGAGUCGUCCACACCCCGUCGAUCGACGUCAUCGAACGAAGGCGGAAAAGAAUCAGACGACCAAGCUCCCAUAACAGGGCUUCUUCGUUCCAUACAGAAGCCUCUUAGCACAAUCGGCCGCAUGUUUUCGGAUGAGCCGUCACCUGCGCCGCCUGUACCUAGUAACGCAUCAAGACCGACGUCGAGGCCGCGAGAAUCCUCCGAGCGACUGUCGCCUAGGCCGAGCGCCGAGAUAUCACCCGAUGGGCGGCCACCAUCUUCCCGUCACCACUUGUCAGCGGAAGAAGCUGCAGCGAGGCAGGCAAGCGCCGAAGUUGCUGAAGCUCAGCGUUUGAGCAGGGUAGAGCACAAUAACGUUGUCGAGACUCUGCAAGGGAUGUUUCCCGAUCUUGACAGGGAGAUCAUUUCGGACGUGGUACACCAGAAACAGGGAAGAGUCGGGCAAGCUGUCGAUGCCUGCUUGGCCCUGUCCACUUGA